GUCUACCCCGAAGCUCCUCGCCGGGCCGUUACUCAGCGGAGAAGAGGGCGAGCGGGGACAGAGGCGCGGCCGCCGAGGCCCCGGCUCCCCGGCUCCCCGGCUCCCCGGCCCUCCGGCCCUCCUCCCCUGUGCGCCCCCGCCCGGGGCGGCCGCCGCCAGCCGGAGUUCUGUUUUAGUUGCUGUUUAAGAUCGUUGUGGAGAAGAGCACUAAACCUUGGGAAAAAAAAUGUUAGAAACUAUAGACAAAAAUCGAGCCCUGCAGGCAGCAGAACGCUUGCAAGCCAAGCUGCGAGAACGUGGAGAUGUAGCAAAUGAAGACAAACUGAAUCUUCUGAAGUCAGUCUUGCAGAGCUCACUCUUCAGUCAGAUCCUAAACCUUCAGAGUUCCGUACAGCAGCUGAAAGACCAGGUAAACACUACAACAUCAGCGAUUUCAAAUGUUGAAUAUGCCCACAUUCCACAUACCAGCCCUGCUGUAAUUCCUACCCUGCAAAAUGAAUUAUUCUUAUCCUCAAAUAAUGGGAAUCUGGAAGCAUUUACAGGAUCUGGUACUCUACAUAUCAAUGGGAAACCUGCUUGUGAUGAAUUUGAUCAACUAAUCAAAAAUAUGGCCCAGGGUCGCCAUGUGGAAGUUUUUGAGCUCCUUAAACCUCCAUGUGGAGGCCUUGGGUUUAGUGUUGUGGGACUAAGGAGUGAAAACCGGGGAGAACUGGGAAUAUUUGUGCAAGAGAUCCAAGAGGGCAGUGUGGCUCACAGAGAUGGAAGAUUGAAGGAAACUGAUCAGAUCCUUGCUAUCAAUGGACAGGCACUUGAUCAGACAAUCACACAUCAGCAGGCUAUCAGCAUCCUGCAGAAAGCCAAGGAUAACGUUCAGCUAGUUAUUGCCAGAGGCUCAUUGCCUCAACUCAUCAGCCCCAUAGUUUCCCGUUCUCCAUCUGCAGCCAGUACAAUUUCAGCUCACUCUAACCCGAUUCACUGGCAGCAUGUGGAGACUAUUGAACUGGUGAAUGAUGGAUCUGGACUGGGAUUUGGCAUCGUUGGAGGAAAAGCAACUGGCGUGAUAGUAAAAACCAUUUUGCCUGGAGGAGUGGCUGACCAGCAUGGGCGAUUAUGCAGUGGAGACCACAUUCUAAAGAUAGGUGACACGGAUCUAGCAGGAAUGAGCAGUGAGCAAGUAGCACAGGUGCUCAGGCAGUGUGGAAAUAGAGUUAAACUGAUGAUCGCAAGAGGUGCCAUAGAAGAACCAGCAGCACCCAAUUCUUUGGGCAUCACCCUUUCCUCAUCCCCAUCUUCUAUACCAGAAAUGCAGGUUGAUGCUUCUACUCAGAAAAGUGAAGAAAGUGAGACUUUUGAUGUAGAACUCACUAAAAAUGUCCAAGGAUUAGGAAUUACCAUUGCUGGUUACAUUGGAGAUAAAAAAUUAGAACCUUCAGGAAUCUUUGUAAAGAGCAUUACAAAGAGCAGUGCUGUUGAACAUGAUGGAAGAAUCCAAAUUGGAGACCAAAUUAUAGCAGUGGAUGGCACAAACCUUCAGGGUUUUACCAAUCAGCAAGCAGUAGAGGUGUUGCGACACACAGGACCAACUGUGCACCUGACACUAAUGAGAAGAGGAGUGAAGCAGGAGGCUGAGCUCAUGUCAAGGGAGGAUGUCACAAAGGACAUGGUUUUGUCUCCUUUGAAUGCCAGCGGAAACAAAGGGGGAAUCUGUUCUGCCUUUACUGUGUAUGCAAGCCUCCCAUUUCUAAAUGUCCAGCCUUUCCUUGCAGAAAAUUAUGAAAAAGAUGAAGAUUCUUCAUCUUUGAGUAGAAACACCAGCAUAUUACCAAUUGAAGAAGAAGGUAAACACCUGGAGCCAGGGUAUCCAUUAUUGUCAGCAGAGAUAGAAGACAUAGAAGAUGCACAACAACAGGAAGCUGCCCUACUGACAAAGUGGCAAAGGAUUAUGGGGAUUAAUUAUGAAAUAGUGGUUGCCCAUGUGAGCAAGUUCAGUGAGAACAGCGGGUUGGGGAUAAGUCUGGAAGCAACAGUGGGACAUCAUUUUAUCCGAUCUGUUCUACCAGAAGGUCCUGUUGGACACAGUGGGAAGCUUUUCAGUGGAGAUGAACUGUUGGAAGUGAAUGGCAUAACUUUGCUUGGGGAAAAUCAUCAAGAUGUGGUGAAUAUUUUAAAAGAACUGCCAAUAGAAGUGACAAUGGUGUGCUGUCGACGAACUGUGCCACCCACCAGCCAGUCAGGAUUGGAUAGUCUGGACUUAUGUGAUAUUGAACUGACAGAAAAGCCUCAUGUAGAUCUAGGCGAGUUCAUUGGGUCCUCAGAGACUGAGGAUCCUGUGCUGGCGAUGACUGAUGUGAGUCAGAAUGCGGAGGAGGUUCAAGGACCUUUGGCCAUGUGGGAGGUUGAUGUUCAACACAUCGAGUUGGAGAAAGGGAACAAAGGACUUGGUUUUAGCAUUUUAGAUUACCAGGAUCCUAUUGAUCCAACAAGCACUGUGAUUGUAAUUCGUUCUUUGGUGCCUGGUGGCAUUGCUGAAAAGGACGGUAGGCUUCUUCCUGGAGACAGACUGAUGUUUGUCAAUGAUGUUAACCUGGAGAACAGCAGUCUCGAAGAAGCUGUGCAGGCACUGAAGGGUGCGCCAUCGGGAACUGUGAGAAUUGGAGUUGCUAAACCUUUACCUCUGUCACCAGAAGAAGGGUAUGUUUCUGCUAAGGAGGAUUCCUUUCUCCACCCACGACACUCUUGCGAGGAGGAAGGGCCGGCUGACAGAGCCCUCUUCAGGGCUGACUUGGCUCUGGUGGACACAAAUGAGGCUGACUUAGCAGAUGAAUCUACAUUUGAGUCUCAGUACUCUCCUGAUAAUGACAGUAUCUACUCCACUCAAGCAUCUAUUUUAUCUCUUCACGGCAGUGCUUGUAGCGAUGGCCUGAACUAUGGUCCCUCCCUUCCAUCUUCUCCUCCCAAGGAUGUCACUGAAAAUUCUUCAGAUCCAGUACUUGAUCUGCACAUGUCCUUGGAGGAACUGUACACCCAGAAUCUCCUACAAAGACAGGAUGAGAGUCCGUCUUCAGUAGACUUGAGCAUGGCUCCUGCCUCUGGCUUUACUGUAAAUGAUUAUACACCUGCAAAUGCUAUUGAACAGCAAUACAAAUGUGAAAACACAAGAACAUGGGCUGAAUCUCAUCUACCAAAUGAAAUUAUAUCGAGUGCAGAACUUACUUCUCCCGUGCUGCCUGAUUCAACUGGAAAGGGCUCCGAGUUCUUAAUUCAACAGAGCUCUCUGACCUCAACUGGUGAGUGUGUCAUGCUUCAAAACCUAUCCAAAGAAAUGUUUGAGAGGACUAUUACUAUAGCAAAAGGCAAUUCUAGCCUAGGGAUGACAGUAAGUGCUAAUAAAGAUGGCUUGGGGAUGAUUGUUCGAAGCAUUAUUCAUGGAGGUUCCAUCAGUCGAGAUGGCCGGAUUGCCGUUGGGGACUGCAUCUUAUCUAUUAAUGAAGAAUCUACUAUCAGUUUAACCAAUGCCCAGGCACGAGCGAUGUUGAGAAGACACUCUCUCAUUGGGCCUGACAUAAAAAUUACUUAUGUGCCUGCAGAACAUUUGGAAGAGUUCAAAAUCAGUUUGGGGCAACAGCCGGGAGGAGUAAUGGCAUUGGAUGUUUUGUCUUCAUAUACUGGCAGAGACAUUCCAGAACUACCAGAGCGAGAAGAAGGAGAGGGAGAAGAAAGUGAGCUUCAAAAUGCAGCAUACAGUAAUUGGAACCAGCCCAGGCGAGUUGAACUUUGGAGAGAACCAAGCAAAUCCUUGGGCAUCAGCAUUGUUGGUGGAAGAGGCAUGGGGAGUCGUCUAAGCAACGGUGAAGUGAUGAGGGGCAUUUUCAUCAAACAUGUUCUUGACGAUAGUCCAGCUGGCAAAAAUGGAACCUUGAAACCUGGAGAUAGAAUAGUAGAGGUGGAUGGAAUGGACCUCAGAGAUGCAAGCCAUGAGCAAGCUGUGGAAGCCAUUCGGAAAGCAGGCAACCCCGUAGUCUUUAUGGUACAGAGCAUUAUAAACAGACCAAGGAAAUCCCCUUUGCCUUCCUUGCCGCACAACCUUUACCCUAAGUACAACUUCAGCAGCACUAACCCAUUUGCUGAUUCUCUACAAUUCAACGCUGACAAGGAAUUACAGAAUUCAAGUAGAGUUACCUUCCGUUGUUCCCCAACUAACCCUUUUGCUCCCACACCAUUUAAGGCACCCAGUCAGUCGGAAUCAGAGCCAGAAAAGGCUCCCUUGUCCACUGUGCCUCCGCCCCCUUCUUCAGCAUUUGCAGAGAUGAGCAGUGAUCAUACACAGUCAUCUGCAAGCAAAAUCUCAGAAGAUGUGGAUAAAGAGGAUGAGUUUGGUUACAGCUGGAAAAAUGUCAGAGAGCGGUAUGGAACCCUAACAGGAGAGCUACAUAUGAUUGAACUGGAGAAAGGUCGUAGUGGUUUGGGUCUAAGUCUUGCUGGGAACAAGGACCGAUCCAGGAUGAGUGUCUUUGUAGUGGGGAUUGAUCCAAAUGGAGCAGCUGGGAAAGAUGGUCGACUGCAGAUUGCAGAUGAGCUUCUAGAGAUCAAUGGUCAAAUUUUAUACGGAAGGAGUCAUCAGAAUGCUUCUUCAAUCAUUAAAUGUGCUCCUUCGAAAGUGAAAAUAAUUUUUAUCAGAAAUAAAGAUGCGGUAAGUCAGAUGGCUGUAUGUCCUGGAAAUACAGUAGAACCUUUGCCUUCUGCCUCAGAGAAUUCUCAAAAUAAGGAGGCCGAGCCAACUGGUACUACUUCCGAUGCAGCUGUGGACCUCUGUUCAUUUAAAAACGUGCAACAUCUGGAGCUUCCCAAGGAUCAAGGGGGUUUGGGCAUUGCUAUCACUGAGGAAGACACGCUCAGCGGAGUUGUCAUAAAGAGUCUAACCGAGCACGGGGUAGCAGCCAAGGAUGGACGGCUCAAAGUCGGAGAUCAGAUUUUGGCUGUAGAUGAUGAAGUCGUUGUUGGCUAUCCUGUUGAAAAGUUUAUUAGCCUUUUGAAAACAGCAAAGACAACAGUGAAACUUAGCAUUCGUGCUGAGAAUCGCGACCCUCAGGCUGUGGCUUCAGCGGCGGGUGCAGCCAGCGGAGAACAGAAGAGCAGCUCCUUGGCUCUGAUGGCCCCAUCUUCUGGCUCCCCAGAACCAGAGUCCAUCCCAAGUACAAGCAGGUCAUCAACACCAGCGAUCUUUGCUUCUGAUCCUGCGACCUGCCCCAUUAUACCAGGCUGUGAAACAACAAUUGAAAUUUCCAAAGGGCGCACAGGGCUGGGCCUGAGCAUUGUUGGAGGGUCUGACACUCUGCUGGGUGCCAUUAUUAUCCAUGAAGUUUAUGAAGAAGGAGCGGCAUGUAAAGAUGGAAGACUCUGGGCUGGAGAUCAGAUUUUAGAGGUGAACGGAAUUGACUUGAGAAAGGCCACCCAUGAUGAAGCAAUAAAUGUCCUGAGACAGACCCCACAAAGAGUACGCCUAACACUCUACAGAGAUGAGGCCCCAUACAAAGAGGAAGAUGUGUAUGACACCCUUACCAUUGAGCUGCAGAAGAAGCCGGGGAAAGGCCUUGGAUUAAGUAUUGUUGGGAAAAGAAAUGAUACCGGAGUAUUUGUGUCAGACAUUGUCAAAGGAGGGAUUGCAGAUGCUGAUGGAAGACUGGUGCAGGGAGACCAGAUAUUAACGGUGAACGGAGAAGAUGUCCGUAACGCCACCCAGGAAGCUGUGGCUGCUUUGCUAAAGUGUUCCCUAGGCACAGUGACCUUGGAAGUUGGAAGAAUCAAAGCCGGUCCAUUCCAUUCAGAGAGGAGGCCUUCUCAAAGCAGCCAGAUGAGCGAAGGCAGCCUGUCAUCAUUCACUUUUCCACUUUCUGGAUCCAGUACAUCUGAGUCACUAGAAAGUAGCCUGAAGAAGAAUGCAUUGGCAUCUGAAAUACAAGGAUUAAGAACAGUUGAAAUAAAAAAGGGGCCUGCUGACUCACUGGGAAUCAGCAUUGCUGGAGGAGUGGGCAGCCCACUUGGUGAUGUUCCUAUAUUUAUUGCAAUGAUGCACCCAAAUGGAGUUGCAGCUCAGACCCAAAAACUCAGAGUUGGGGAUCGGAUUGUCACUAUCUGUGGCACUUCCACUGAGGGCAUGACUCACACCCAAGCAGUUAACUUACUGAAAAAUGCCCCUGGCUCCAUUGAAAUGCAGGUGGUUGCUGGAGGAGAUGUGAGUGUGGUCACAGGUCAUCAGCAAGAGCCUGCCAGUUCUAGUCUUUCUUUCACUGCGCUGACAUCAAGCAGUAUAUUUCAGGAUGAUUUAGGACCUCCUCAGUGUAAAUCUAUUACACUAGACCGAGGACCAGAUGGCUUAGGCUUCAGUAUAGUAGGAGGGUAUGGCAGCCCUCAUGGAGACUUACCCAUUUACGUUAAAACAGUGUUUGCGAAGGGAGCAGCCUCCGAAGACGGGCGUCUAAAAAGGGGUGAUCAGAUCAUUGCUGUCAAUGGGCAGAGUCUGGAAGGGGUAACCCAUGAAGAAGCUGUUGCCAUCCUUAAGCGGACUAAAGGAACUGUCACUUUGAUGGUUCUCUCCUGAAUUUACUGCAGAGUGGGGCCAACUCAACAACCCCUUGCUCACAUCCCACACUGUGAAGAGAAUGGAACUGGUCUUGUGGAUGACUUUCCCUGCAUCAUCUUCAUCAGGCUCUUCAGAACUCUAGGGGGAAAGUAUCAUUUAAGUUUGUUUUUCUCAUGUGGAAAUGAUUUUCUUACAAGCUAGCAUCAUUUUUCCUUUCUCCUUAGAUUCUUGUGAACCUAAACUCAAAGGGAUGGACUGUGUGCAUAGGUGAAUCCAGUCUUUCUUUGUAAAGAUGUCUGACAUUUUGUAGUCGCAUGUGAAGAAAUUAGGUGCUGACCUGGUUAGUAGAGAACGAGAGAAAUAAUUCUAAAGCUAACCUAAGAGAAAUGGCUUUAGUAAAUUAGGGUGAGAAUGAAAAUAGAAAAUAAGGAAGAAAAUCUCAAGUUUUUUUUUUUAAAUGCUUCAUUUUAUCCCCAUUUCUAACUAGAAAAGAAAAUAAAACAUUUUUUUCUAUUGAAAAUCUUUAAAAACACUCUCAGUAUCUAAAUUAUUUGAGUAUUAUAGAAAAAUUGUAUCUCCCCACCUUUAAUAUACACAUACAUAUUUUCAUCCAAAAAUGAGUUUCUAAGACUGAGUAAAUAGUGAUUAUAUGAAGCAGUGUCCCUAAAUUGGUAAAGAACACAUUUGAUGUGAAUCUUGAUGUUCAUUUUUAUUUUUGACCUGUUAUAAAAUAUUUUCAUGUUUCUGUAAGUAAAAUGGUGAUGCCACCCACCAUUGACUAUAGUUUCUCUAGAAAGCAGGCAUGCUAACCAUGGAAGAACAUAGAAGUCUCUCAGAAUCUUUAAUGCUGGUUUUAACCGAUGCAACACUAAAAAUGUGUUAGCGUGCUGUGCAAUUGGUUUUCAAUUACUAUUAAUCUUAAUGACAGAGAAAAAAGCAAUGUGUUAGUAAUUAUUUUGGUUGUGUGCCAUUAGUAAAUUGAUAGAAAAAUUAAGGGGAUUAACAUAACUUCAUUUCAUUGCCUUAUAUUAACAUCUUAUAAUACAAUAGUUUAAGACUAAAGGAAACAGAUGGAGCUGUUUAUUGAGACAACUGGUGAGGAAUUAUCAUGUGUUCAUUCCCAUUUUAGAGCGUGAAACUCCUACAUUAGAAUAUAUAAAGUCACUUUAAAUAUUAUCUAUAUUUGUAACAGAAGUAGUGUACAGAUAUUUUAUUACAGCACUUUUGUGUAAACGCAGAAUUGAAGUGAAUAAAUAACAAGUUUCAUGGUGCACAAAUAAA